CGGUGAAGUUCCAAACAAUCAGGCAAUCAUGUCUCUGAUGCCGUAUUCAGAUUUUCAUACGAUGAUGGAUCCGUUCGAACCAUACGACACGUUUGAUCCGUACAGCCAGUUACAAACAUUCGAUCCUUAUGCGUUCGGUAGCAAUAUUAUGCCACGAUCGAUGAGAAGGGCAAUGCGCCGUAUGGAUCACGAACUUGGGAAAUUGUUAUCUAGCGUGAAAGAAGACGAUAAAUCGUUUCAGAUAACGGUUGAUGUUUCCCACUUCGAUCCUAGUGAAAUUACCGUCAAGACAACCGAUAACAACAUCAUAGUCCAUGGAAAACACGAGGAGCGCAAGGAUAGGUAUAGCACAGUUUCACGGGAAUUCCGUCGUCGGGUGACUAUCCCUAGAGGAGUUAAUCCCGAGCAAGUAACUUCCACCAUGUCGCCGGAUGGAGUUUUGACCAUCAUGGCCCCGAAAAUGAUGGUGGAAGGUUCGAACGAACGAGUUAUUCCUAUUACAAUGGGAUCAUCAGGGAGACUGAGUAAUCCGCCCGUCGCAGCUCAAUGA